AUGCUCCUGGUGAGAUCUGAUUUGGUGCCAGGAACUCUGGACUUGGUGGCCGUGUUUGUCCAGCCACGGCUGAGUUGGAGCGUCAACAACGUGUUUUUCAUGGCUGGCGUCAUAAACAUGUCACUUGCUGUUGUUCGAUAUUCAUGGCAGUGGCAGCCUCUGGUGCCCGUGGUGUCCAGGACAACAGUGAGUGAUGAGACAGGUGUCAGCGACGAUGCUCAGUGUCCAUCAGCCAUGGUAGUGGUGGUCCAGGGGCCAGUGGUGGCAGCAACAGUCCCGCCUGAGAGCCGCAGGGCCUCCUCCACCCUGGAUGGGCAGGUCUGCCUACCAGCGACCUGGGCAAGCCUGCUGCUUUGUACAACUUCACUUGUUGACACUCAAGCCACGCCUGGGAAAAUCCUCUGCAUGAAAGGCCCUGGCCUCAAUGGGCUGGGAAAUGCUGAUUGCACGUUUGUGUACUCACUGCGGCUCUGCUCUGGCUCUGCCCAGUCACCGCCGAUCAAAUCCGAAGGGACGCUGGGCACCCUGAAUCACCAUGGGCAACGAGAACAGUACCUCGGGCAACCAGGGAGGGUGGGCAGCCCACCGGCCCUAGCACAGAACAUGUGUUCGUCCUCCAUGUUCGGCAGCCUGGCAGUUGUUUCUGAAAUCCGACUCCUGGUGCCAUGGGGACGACCUUUGGUCUACUUCCCAGCAUUCACCUGCAGUCACACUGCUCCCAAGAAGCUCAUUCCAAGAGUGGGCGACUUGGCAAGACACCCUGGGCCUGAUCUAACCAUGUUAAUGAAAUCUCUUUAUUGGCAUGACCGGCUGCCUUCCUCCACAAUGGCUAGGGACAGACUGCCGAGGACUUCUUUGGCUCGGAGUCCAGGAUCCGUGGAGCGGCCUGGGAACAGUCGGAGGGCAGAAAGGAAGCCGGAGGAGAAGCCCAGAAGCAAUGACCGCGGAGAUCUGCCCAGCGUCGGGCACGGAGGUUCCUGCUCCACUUCUGAGGGUGCUACCAGCCCGUAUCCCUGCAUCGUGUCCCCAGAGGUGACUGAGCCAAGGAAGCACCCACGGGAAGCCAAGGGCCAAGAAGAUUCUCCACUGCCCAGCCCACCAGAGCCCUGGGAGCAGGGCAGUCCCUUGGCCUCCGUGCCCUUUGCCGAGGGCGCCCCAGAAGGUUGCUUGGCAAGCCCAGCAGCGGAACCUGAAGAUUGUCCCCUGGCUCAACACCCCCAGAGGGAACCUUCCCCAAAUGCCCCAGGAUACGGCCCAGCAGCCUUUGUCCCUGGGAUGGACAGUUUUACUCAGCGCAGGGUGGUUGCAAUCGCCCCCAGCGCCGGAAGAGAGAGAGGACCGAAGGAAGACGAGGGGCAGAAACUGUCUUCCUCCAGUUCCAUUGACCAGUUGCCGGGAAUUUCACCAGCUGCUCCUCGAGAGCCGAUGAAGGUGCAGCUGUGUGGAGAGGAUGGCUGGCCUGGUGGUUUUGAGUCCCAAGGGAAAGAGGCUGCAGGUGGCUUUCCCCUGCCAGAGUCUGGGCAGGGAGCCCCCAUGGCCCCUGCUGCAGCCCAACCAGGCCAAGAGAGCUCAGCCGGCCUGGAAGAGUCCCCCCAAAAACCUGAGAACCCGACCCCGCAAGAUCCAGCCCCUAAAUGCCAAGUGGAGGGGCCACCUCAGGAUUUCACCGAUGACUCGGGAUUCCUCAGGGCCUGCCCUCCCAGCGGGAGUGGUUCAGGGGCGGCCCAAGAAGCCGAAGCGAAGGUCGCUGCCUGGGAAAGCUGCCCGCAGCAAAUGGGAGCGCAUCCGCCGCCCACAGAGCUGCCCUGGGAGUCACCGGAUCCUGCCCUGGCGCCGGGGGCCAAGGGCUCUUGGGAGGAGACUCUGGAUGCCCCUGAUGCUCGGGGUCACUCGCAGACAGGGAGGCGAGGAGCCGAGCCCCGUCAAGCUGUCUGUGUGACGACAGGUGACCAGCCCGAGGGGGGCUUGCUUGUGAGCCCCAAGCCUGCCCCACAUGCAGUGACUGAGGAAACGGAUCCAGCUUCAAGCCUCACUUCACAGCCAGCUGCCCGGGCCUCUGCUGCUGCAGAACAACCCAGGGAGAUGAUUUCCGAUGCUGAGAGGCCUGUUCUUACAGACCUGGCUAAAGAGCAGGCAGAAGCAGGGCUGGCAGGGCAGGAGAAGCACGCGUCAGACCUCGCAGGAGAGGGAGAGGGUCCAGAAGGAGGCCCCGGAGAGGUUCCUGCUCCUUCACCCCCGGAGGAGAGGGAAGAGCUCUGGAAGAGGGAGCAAAGCCACGAGGUCCAGCAAGGGGUUCUGCCUCUUCCCCCUCCCGGUGCAUCAGAUGAAAGUGCCAGAAGGUCACUGGGGCCAAAGGAUGAAGCCAAAGCCCCUGAAGGUCCAGCUGUGGCUAAGGAAAGCACACUGCCUGGGGCCGACCCUAGAGGCCAGGAAGCAGCCCCAGAGCCACCUGAGGGUGCAGAUCCUGGGAGCCUUCAGGGAGAGCAACCCGAAGCCUGCGGCUGCAAGCCUGACCCAAAGGUGGAAAAGGAUGAGGCUUCACAGCUAACUGGCGGUGUGGAGAGCAGCAGCCUUCCCAGCAGGGCCUCAGCACAGCCGCUCAGAGAGGAGGCCCCCGGGCACGUGGACAGGCCCGGCUCUCCGUCAGAAGAUGCAGCUUGGAGCUCGGCGGCCUGUGGGAUGACGGGAGAAGCCCAAGUGGUCCAUGCAUCUGCUUCACUGCACCAGCUCCACGAGCAGGAUCCCAUCCCACCCUCUGGGCCGGAUGGAGCCGGUAAACACGUUUUUCCCGAGGGAGCCGUCCGGGAGGGGCCAGGAGUGCAGACCAAGUAUCCUGACACCUUUCAGGAUGUGCGGGGAUUGGGAAGAAUGGACCCUCUUCCUGCUUUAGAAUCAGAGAAAUCGGAUUUCCUGUCAACUCCUGCUACAGAGGUCAUCCCCAAAGCCCAGGAGGCGGAGGGCAAAUCUGAAAUAAAGACGAGGAGCCACCCAUCCGCGCAGAGGCCCGGCAGCUGCUAUGGGGAGGGCUUGCUGACACCGCCCCAAGCCCAUGGGCUGGGACGUGAUGCAGCUGGACAGGAAGUCCACACCGAUGGGCCACCUCCCCCCGAGGAGGAGAACUUGGCAGUGGACUGUGGGCUCACGACCCUCGGCCCGGAGCAAGGUCAGCAGGAGAAACUGUCCUGCCCGGGGGACAGCGGGAUACGAGUAGCUGCAUCUGAGAGGCCCUCGCUGUAUUCUGAGAACCGUCUCCAGCGGUCCCAAACGGACCCAGAAGCAUCCAUCUCUGAAACGCUCAGGGAGAAGUCCCAACAGUGCGAAAGCGAGAAAGAGACUUCCCCAGGUGAUGCAGAGUUUCAGAACCUGGGUGCAGACUCUCCCCAAACCCACAUACCUGUGGAACCUCGGGAAGAUGUGAGCUUGCCCACUCACGGAGCAAAGGAACAGGCUUCUGAAUCAGAACUUCAAAUUGAGCUCCCCAAGGGCAGUCUGUCUGAUGCUCCAAGUUCAGCUCCCGGGCACACAGUUCCGGAGAAUCGUACGACAGAGCAGUCAGAGUUGUCAGCACCAAAGAGACCGGAGUUGUCUGCACUAGGGGGGAACGGGCAAGAGGGAGAAUGCAGUGGCAGUCAGCUGUCCAGGGGCCCACCUCCUGCAGCAGACACCUUACAAGACUCUGCUCUUGCACGUAGCUUGAGCAGAAAGGAAAGUUGCUGUGCUGGACAGGGGCCAGACAAGUCCCAGCAGGAGCUGGUUGAUGGGCUGAAAGCUGGCAGCCAGCAUGAAGAGGCAUGUCUCGGGGAUGCAGGCAUUUCGGAAGCAGCUGACACUUGGCCCCCGCUCCAGGACUUGGGUAAGACAGAGAAGGCAAGUGGGAGCACAGUGGGGGUCCCGCCUUGUCGGCCUGAUUCAGUAGCUCUCCUGCAGGCAGCUCGCUGCCCACCAGCUCCAGCACCUGCCGGCCCCAGAGUCACACCCACCCAGGAGGCCCCAGAGAGAGAGGCCGGUGAUGAAACCCAGGAGGGCAGGCGGCAAUCAGGGUUAGCCCCACAGAAGGAAAUGGAGCGUCCCACCGCCAUGGAUGCAGAGGCCCAAAAGCUUCUUGAAAGUGUCCCAUCAGCCGAGGAUCAAGGUGCGGGUGGUGGGACUGCUGAGAUUGGUGGGAACGCUGAUGGAGGAGACCUGGGGACACAACAGGCUCCGGGGGAGCCAGGAGAAGCUGCUCGGAGUGGUGGCUUCCUCCCAACAGAGCAGUGCCCCUCCCCUGGGGAGGAAGCGUCUACCUGUGCCCUAGAUGAGCCCUGCCAAGCUGAGCAGCCCUCCGCCAGCUCCCAGGAUGCCUUGCUGCCAGCCAGAGAGCUGGGUGGGAUUCCCAGGAGCGUGGUGGAUAUUUCUGCAGCCCAGGCUGUCCCCGACCCAAAGAGGCUCCUGUCGUCCAGGCCACCAGAAGAGGCUGCUCCUGAAACUCCUUACCUGCAUAUGGCGAGCGCUGCCAGGAAAGGGGCAGAAGACAGUGGCGUGAAAGCUGUUUCACCUCAAGGCCUCAGAGCUCCUGGUGAAAGCCCUUGUCCCACACGGGAGCCCCUGCUUGUCUUGGAAAAUGCCUCCUCCACGAAGGUACCGUGUGGCUCCCCUGCCUCCCUCUGGCAACCAGGAGCUGCAGGUGAGGAAACCUCUGCCGUGCCAGCCAGCAGCGGAAGCCCCAAAGCUGGGACCUUUGAGGGACCUGUGGACUCCGUGCCCUACCUGGACAGGGUGCCCCUUCUGGCCAAGGGUAAGCAGACCGCAGAGGAGCAGAAAGGGUCAAGAGCUCCCGGGGCAAGUGCCAAGCCCAGUGAAAUUUCAGCACACCUUGCCAGUGAGGAGAGCACGGCAGGUGAUGCAGCAAGGGAGAGAGAGCGCAGUGGGGAGAGGAUGGUAGACCCUUCCAAGGAUCCCAGGAAGGGAGCAUCAGCUGGUGUAGAUGCCAGCUCCAGGCAGACCAGUAUGAUCGCUGGGCUCCCUGACUUCAGGGAGCACAUCACCAAGAUCUUUGAGAAGUCUGUGCUUGGAGCCCUGACCGCCGAUCGGCCCCAGAGCACACUGGGAGAAAAGGCAGGAGCCGGGAAGAGUGUGAUGGGCAAGGACCUCGUCACGCCAAGCCCAGAGAAGCUUCCAGAUGGGACUCAAGGAGUGGCCAUCGCCCCUCUCCCCACCACUCCUGCCGGACUCUGGGUACAGUCAAAGGAGAAGCAGCAAGAGCUGGCUGUAGAGGCUGAGAUUUCUCGUCUGGGUCCCCAGGAUCCAGCUCCAGAAAAGCUGCCGGGGCCGGCAUGGCCAGCUGCAGAGCAGAGCCUGCCAGGUGCCAGUGUGGGGAAGGAAAUGAGUGGGACUCCACAGAUGCUGACAGAAAGCAAGAAGCCAGAGGGGGCUGGGAAAGGCUGGCCGGGGCUUGGGAGCCAGGCCCACUCACAGCAGGAAAGCGGCCGGCAGGAAUCAGCUUCGGGUCUGUCUUCACAGGUGACUUCUCCAGAGAUUCCCGAUGCUGACUUGCAGGUGGCUCCCCAGAGCCGUGGAGAAGGGGACGCAGUUCAAGACGACAGAAUUCCUUCUGGAAAACAGCACCAGGAAACAUCUAGCCGAGACAGUCAACCCAGAGAAGAUGGUGCUCAGGGCUUUUCUCACCCAGGGGCUCUGGGUGACAUGUCAGGGUCUACCUCUGCCCAGGGAGCAUCUUCUCCCCGUGGGAAUGUUCCGACUGUGGCCGAGGCCAUCAGUGGGGCCUGUACCCCAGACACGCUUAGGGGUGAGAGGAGGCAUGGAGGUGCUGCUGGGAUCUCGGAAACACAGAACGCCCUGGGCACCCAGAGCACCCUGGAGCCACCAGCUGGGGAAGUGGCGGAUGCUCCCCUGGAGCCCGGCUUGAGAGCAGAAGCUGCUAGGGAAGCAGAGGGUGACGUCACUUGGAGCACAGCUGAGACCGGGGCACGUGUGUCUGACGACCUGCCUGAAGCAGGUACUACGAGAACGUUCUCUGCUGCGGCUUGUGCCUCGGCUCUGCCAGGAAGCCGUGGGGACCCAGGCUGCUCUGAAGGGGCUCUGAGGAUGGAGGCUGCAGCCGCCCCGAGCGGGGACAGCCCGGCCGGGCACCCGCAGGCUGAGGAGCAGCCCGGGCCUGAGCUCCACGCUCCUGCUGGGGAUGGGAAGGCGCGUGUCUCCUCACCUCCAGAACCUGACGAAAUUUGGGACCUGAAGCUGCAAAGCCUGGAUCCAGAAGCGCUCGACGCCGAGAGAAAGAGCUCUGGGCUCGGCCCAUCCACCUUACCUUUGGUUCCUGAGAAGGAUCCUCCAAAUGUCAUGGGCGAGGUCAUUUCAGACGAGACCAGAAGUGCGGAAGAAGCAGAAAGUGGGAAAGUCAGGCAGCUGUGCCUCCAGAGUGGAGACUGGGGUGUAUUCAUGGCACAAGUGCCUGGCAACACGGAUCAGCAGGAGACGUCUCUCUGGCACCUGAACCAAGGAUGUUCACCAUCGGGCCAACCGGAGGCCUUGGCUUAG